AUGUUAUCACACUUGAUAAAUGUACUUGAACGUUUGAAUCAAAAAAGUCUGACUCCAAAUUUUGAUAUUGUUUCAAUAUCCAAAUACCUUUAUAUGACUGUCAAAUAUUUGGGGAUGACCAAUGUUGAGAGUGAUGAAAAUCACUACAGUCGGAUACUCAACAUCACUACAGAUUAUCUUAAAAAUUUUAGAUCAAACUUCAACAGUUUGGCUUAUUGUUAUCAGCUGAAAACAUUCAACAUCGUAUCUUCUCUAUGGAUUCUUGAUUUACAAAUGUUAAUAGGUAAAAAUGGCGAAGAAAUUUUUUCAACCGCUCUUCAUACUUUAAAUCAGAAAAUAACUGAUCAGUUGAAGAGAAUGUUUUCAUUGGAACCAUUUCUGCAGUCUCUGAGGAUAAAUUUAAAUCUAAAAACAGAUGCUUCCAGGCUCACUUAUGUAGCUGUUACGGUUCGAUGCCCUGGUUUUUACAAAUUCACAAGCAAAAGUUCGCAAGCUAGAUUCCAGGAUGAGUUGAUGAUCUUUUUUCACAUCCAACUGACCCUGCACAAUCCGUGUGGAGAAGAUUGGCUUAAGUUGUGCAGGGAACGAACACAACUGUACACUUUGAGUGAUGAAGAAUGGAAGACCUUUCUAGUGCAGUUGUUUGAAAAUUUGGUUGAAAGUUUGAGGAAAGACCAUUACAGGAGCAAGUUUUCAACGAAAAAUCAUCAAGGAUCAUUCUUAAACAGUUCUUUCGUAAACCUGCUUUCCGAGCUCGUUUAUGUGCUAAUAUGGAUGUUAAGAUGCACUGUCGAAUACGAAAACCAGCGAUACGGAAACAUUAGUCCUAUGACGAGUGGUAACAUGUUCACCAUUAAACAGUAUCGCUUCUUUUGGCAUUGGCUCGUAUUCGAAGUGGCGCACAUUUGGUGGUUCUAUGAUAUUGGUAUGAACGGCACGUUGUGGACUAUCAUGUCUAUACUGGGAGUAAAGAUGUAG